UCAACUGUUUGCCUUCUCUUCCGUUUGCCCAACCGAUCCACCGAUUAGCCCACCGACCGACUGCGGACUUACUAACAACUGAUUUGCGGACCUAUUUGUACUUUGAUAACGGAAACGAUGUCGAACGGGACGAGGCGUCGACGUCGACGAGACCGCGCGUACGCGCAGUACGCUGUCGUCAUGCUGGGACGACAACGUGUGUUCCGGGACCGCCUCGAUCCGCUGGAAGAAUUCGACGAGGAUGCGCUGCAGCAACGAUUCCGGUUUGGUCGCGCGGGAAUUAUGUUUCUCGCGGAGACGCUGCGCCCGGACUUGGAGCGGUCGACGCGUCGCAGCUGCGCCUUGUCCGCAGAGCAGCAGGUGAUCGUCGCUCUGCAAUUCUACGCCACAGGCAACUUCCUCAUCACUGCAGGCGACUACGUCCACGUGCAAGUCUCUAGUGCUUCACGGUCCGUGAGGCAGGUCACCGUAGCUUUGGCACGUCGAGCAAGGGACUUCAUACGGUGGCCUGACGUCGCAGAGAGUGCUGCCUUGCAGGAGCAGUUCUUUGACGUAGCCGGGUUCCCUUGUGUCGUGGGUGCUGUUGAUGGCACCCACAUUGGAAUCCAGGGACCGCGCGUGCACGAGGAGGUGUACGUGAACCGCCACCUCUACCAUUCCAUCAACGUACAGGUGGUAGUUGACGCGUCCUGCCGCAUACGCAAUGUGGUUGCGAGAUGGCCAGGAAGCACGCACGACUCCCGGAUUUUCACCGAGAGCACACUAUCAGUCAAGCUGGCCGAUGGCGUCUACGAUGGCCUAUUGCUCGGCGACAGCGGCUACACCUGCCAGCCGUGGCUGAUGACGCCAUUCCUGUCGCCAUCAUCAGCAGCAGAAGUGAGGUACAACACGGCACACACCACGACAAGGAGUAUUGUUGAAAGGACAAUAGGCCAGCUGAAGCGCAGGUUCCACUGCCUGCACGCCGAGCUGCGCAUGGAGCCAAGCAGAUGCUGCGACAUCAUCGUGGCAUGCUGCGUGCUCCACAAUCUCUCCAAGAGAUAC